AUGAGCCGAGUACUAUUCGAUCACAGGGCCCUGGCUGCCUCCCCCAAACCACUCGCCUCGAAAGGCAAGAACAGCGGCUGGACCGAGAAAGUCAAGGAGGAGCAGGUCGAGCAGCAAUCCGAAGAGGAAGAUGCCGCAGACAAGAUGUGCCCCAUCUGCCACGAAGAGAUGGGCUCUCCCAGCUCAGAAGGCAUCGUCGAGACGUGGAGUGUUCUGCCGUGCGGACACCUGUUUGGGAGCCACUGCAUCAAGCACUACAUCCAGAUGGUGGCCUACGACCGACCACAAUGCCCCAUCUGCCGAUACUCGCUCGUCCACGGCUGUGGACAUCCGGUUCUACCCGCCUUGUUCGUCACCGAGGGCCGUAACGCCGCCAAGGUCAACAGAGAGACGAUCCGAGCCCUCGCCUCGAGAUCCAUGCAGUACAACUGUGCGUUUUGUACCGAGAUGAUUGCUAGGGGGCAUAGAGCGGUGGCCGCGAGGCACGGCAGGAAACGACAGCGCACGUCGAAAUGGAAGCUUCUGUUAAAGAAGAUCUUCAGUUCACCACUAGCGAUAGACAGGUGGAGCGAUCCAGAGUCAGAGUACGCCAUCGCCCGAUUCCCCGAGACUCGAUUCGACAACUGGAAUGCCGCGAGGGAUUAUGAGUGGGAGUGGUGGUGGAAUAGGCAGGCCUUGACAAAUCUGGCUACAAAACUCGUGGCCGCCCUCAACGCUCUAGAAAAGAUCGCCUGGGUCCGGCUCGACGAUGACACAGUUAGGUUCACCGUCAUCCCCGACACCGGGUCGCAGGUGUGGGCCUCCCUCUCCGUCGACACCAUCUUCGACAGCUACCACAUCCAAUCCGCCGAAGCCAACAACACCAUCAACCUCGAGCUUCCCCUCGGCCCGCUCCAGCGAGCUCUCAAAUCCGCCCUCAACAGCAACCACGCCAGCCUCCGCCUCACUAAACGCGACGGCAUCCCCAUGCUCUCCAUGACCAUCCACGCCAUGACCAAGGACGCUCCAUCCGCCGCCCGUCGAAACAAGAACAGCAACAAUGACGACCGAAUGGACAGCUACAACGACGACAACGACCCCUUUUCCGAAAACAACUCCCUCUACCCGCAAGAAUCCCUCGAACUAAGCCUGAAGCGCGAGCGCGAAAAGGUCAUCACGCAAGACAUCCCCGUGCGGGUCCUGCACCCGGACACGGUCGAGACCAUCAUGCAGCCGAAAGUGCGGGAGCCAGACGUGCACAUCCUGCUUCCUCCCUUACUCCAACUCAAAGCCAUUUCGGACCGGUUCACCAAGCUGGCCGUCACCACCGCCGCCUCUUCCUCCUCUUCUAGUGCCAACAGGCGGGAAGCACAGAACCCAAAACUGGAACUCUCAGCCAACAUGCACGGCUCCCUCCGACUCAGGCUGAUAGCCGACACCCUGGACAUUACAAGUGUCUGGGACGGCUGCCUCGAGAACCCGGAGCUGGACCCGGCGGUGCUGCCGGUGCCGAUUGAGGAGCAUCCGAGCACUUUGUAUAAAGAGGCCGGGCCGGACAAGUGGGCGACGGUCAGGGUGGACGGGAAGGAUUGGAGUCGGGUGCUAAGUGUGGGCAGGCUGGAGGGGAGCAGGGUGAUUGCGUGCUUUACGCACGAGCAUGCGCUGAUUUUGUAUGUUUAUAUGAGGAGGGGGGAUGGUAAUGAUUUUCCGGGGGUGGGGGCGGGGAGCCGGGGAGGGGAGGAUGGGGAGGAUGUUGUUACUUACUACGUUACUGCUUUCAGCGCUUGA